AUGGCCAAGCGGGUUUUCAGUUUGACCUCUUUGUCUACAUUCAACGCGUCGGAAAUGGGGCUGGGAUUCGAAGGGCUACGGAAGCUAGAGUUGCAGCGUCGGCCGCAGCCAUUCACGAGCAGCUUGCUCGCGAAGAGGCUGCAGAAACCGGUACUGGGCGAUUCCCACGCUCAACAACCGGACGGAGCCCCCCCCCUCGUUCCUCCAUCUAGUGCUACAUUCCGCCAGCUCCAGCAUGUAGACGAAGCUCAAGCAGAAAUCGCAGCGGCCCAGGACCAGUUGCAAACGCAGCAAGGCGGGAGCGAUCAGCGCAACUUCGUUCGCGUCAUGGGCCGUUUGAACGGCGGUAUCGUGUCAUUAGAUUUGGAUAUGGCGGACUUACGCCGCGCUAUGGGGCUACCUAGCUACGAUUUGUUUCCUGCAUUUCGCCCCACCCUUGAUGAGAGUAGCCCUGCUGAAAAUAUAGAAGAUGAAGAUCAUGCAGAUGGCAUGUAG